AUGGGCCCUGCUCACAACUAUGAGCCCGUCAAGGACGACGAGGCAACCGAUGAUACCCCAUUUCUUGGAACCCAAGAGCUCAAAAAUAUACAAUAUACCACAUCACCAGCAUGGUGGAAACUUUUACUAAGCCAUCUUCUCGCAGCUGUUGUCGGCGCGGGUGUCAUGUUUUUCGUCGCUCGAGCCACUUCUACAUCACAUUCUACUACCAACAGCGCAACGGCCCUCGCUGCCGCUACACCCACCACUAUUACAUCCACAGUCUUUGUAACCCCCACACCCUCCGUGGAGGUUGUGGAAACUGGAGUUGAAACCACCAACCCAUUAGCUGGCAAGAUUCUCGACUGUGGAGGUAACCCACAAGAAGCUCGUGAGAAAGGUUGUGUGUACGACGUGAUGAUGCAAGACUGGGUUCCUCUACCAUGCUACGACGAAGUCUUGACCGAGAAAUACCUGGCUGAAGGAAACUGGACUUGGUAUAUGGAUGGUGAUGGCAAGACCACCCUCCCUCUGGAGGACAUGCGCAAAGGAGAACACGGCUCUGCAUGGAUGGCAACAAGCUAUCACAAAGCACAUUGCGUCUUCUCCUGGCUCAAGAUCGUUCGUGCUUUGCGCAACGAUAGAGGUAUCAGUCAGGAACUGCUGUCCUACGACCACGUUCUGCACUGUGCCCACGGAGCUUUACGAGAAAACUCGGAAGAUCAAGGUCUGGGAGUCCGUGCGCCAACGAACUACGCGAGAUGCGCCUUGUACGAUACUUGGCAACGCGACUUGAUUCCGGACAAACAUGAUUCAACCUCGAAAUAA